AAAAGUUUCAAAAAAUAUGGACAAAAAGAAAGCCAAAAGACGAACAAAAGUUCACGUACCUCGUUGUCGACUUUGCCGUGAAAAGUGUGAACAAAAUAAACUUCUAUGGAAUCGGGAUUUCCGUGAAAAAUUGCAGGACAUUACCUGCAUCUGGAUAAAGAUUAAUCCCGGAUCUAACAAGUACAAUAUUUGCCAGUCGUGUCAGAAUGAAGUGGAAGUUUACUACUCAUUCAAGAAACGAUGUCGACAAAUUCUUCACGGCCCACCAGUCUUAUCCGAAAUUGGCAAUAAUGAGCAAUCGGAAUUUACAUUGGAAUCGCUUCUGGAAAAUUGUUCUGAAGAAGUGACCCUGCCAACGGAUGCUUUGGAAACUUUGGACACCAUCUCAGACGUCUUAGAUGCAACCGAUUCUCUUUCGAGGGAUCACGACUACGCUGAACAUGCAAUCGAAACUAAGGAAGUCGUAAGCCGCCGAUCAGAGCAACCAAAAAAUAGUAACACUGAAAAUGAUACUAAAUCGAAGGAUGUCGUGAAAAAACGAUCAAAGCAACCGAAAAAUAAACCCAGGAAGACACUAAAUCAAGAAGAUCCUGAAGAUCCGGCUCAUGAUGAAGUUUCAAGCGACGUUCCAGCAGAAGACGAUAUCGAUCAUGUCGAUAACCCAAGCUCCAGCAAAAAAUUACGCCCAUAUCGGCGCAAAUUCCGCCUGACCGAACAGGAAAAAUCUAUGACCCCAGAAGAGUACAAACGGUACUACAGGAAAAUGUUCUACGGGGACUACAAAAAGAUAUGUGACGUGUGCGGCAAAUCGAUCCACUCCCAACGUAUGGAAAGUCACAUGAACCGGCACCAAGGCGUGGAACCGUAUGCUUGUGAGGAGUGCGGCUUGCGUUUCCACUGCCGUAUGAACCUACGGAAGCACAUCACACGGAGUCACGCCAAAGGCCAGGAGAUCACCUGCGAGCUGUGCCAGAAAGUUUGCGUCAGUAAAAUGGCCCACAGACAGCACUUCCGGGCCGUCCAUUUGGAGAAGAAGUUCCAGUGUACUUUGUGCGACGUGAAAGCAGCGACUCAGCAUGCCCUGGAUAGGCACAUGGACAUUCACAACCAAAGGCGGGACUAUGUUUGUCCGCACUGCGGCAAGGCCUUCUACCGGAGGUACGUGCUCAACAUUCACCUGCGGACGCACUCCGGUGAAACACCAUACAAGUGCCAUGUCUGUGGCGAGGCUUUCGUACACCGACGGAUUUAUGUUAUGCACAUGAAGAAGCACCAUCCGGAUGAGCCGAUGAUGCGGGUAGAUGGAUUGCGGGCCCUGAAGGAGGCACUCAAGCAGAAGGAUUCUGGGUAGGGUGAGGGUACUUGGGAGACAAAUGCAGAAUGGUAUUGAAAUACAAAUUAAAUUUGGAAAA